CCGGAAUCCCUUUCCAUCAAGCUGGUGUACUCGCUGUCUGGUCGAACUGACGGAUAAUGGCGCUCGUUUCCGCUCGCCAUUCCCACUCUCUUCUUCUACAGCAUUUCUCCUCUGUAUCUUCCUUCGCUGUCGGCGGCCAUGCCUUCGAUCCGGAGAUUCGUCGGCUAGCCAAGUUCCAGCGUUUUACGGACAUCGAAGCUAUUCUUGAACCCCGUAAGAUAAUUCUUCCCGCCGACUACUCAUCGCGCGAACCCUACCUAGCCUCCUUCAUCACCGCGUACGCCUCUGCUGGCAUGCUUGACCACGCUGUCCGCACCCUUGACGAGCUCCCUCGCCUUGGCGCCCCUCGCACCAUUCUCUCCCUGAACGCCCUCCUCUCCGCCUGCAAUCACUCUAAAACCCUGUCCCCCCGCGUCCCUGAACUGUUCUCCAACCUCUCUCACUGCCAUUCCCUUUCCCCAGAUAAGGUCUCCUAUGGCAUCCUCAUCAAAUCCCUUUGUCUUGCCCGCAACGCCUCUAAAGCCCUUCUUGUCCUCGAGGAGAUGGAUAACAAAAGGAUCGAGAUCACCGCAAUAUCCUACACCACCAUUAUGGAUUCCUUGUACAAGGAAGGAAAGCCGAAGGAGGCCGAGCGACUCUGGCAGGAGAUGCGCGCCAAGGGAGUCGUUCCGGACGUGGCUGCCUAUAAUGUUAGGGCUAUGGACCGGGCUGUGAACGGGAAUCCGAAUGAUGUGAUAGGGGUGAUGGAAGAGAUUAAGGCCGAAGGGAUGGCACCUGAUAUAUUCACCUAUAAUUACAUAAUGAUUUGUUAUUGCAAGCAUGGGCGGGUAGAGGAUGCGAAGGGUGUAUACAGGGAGCUCAAAGAGAAGGGAUGUGAGGCCAAUGCGGCUACUUAUAAGAAUUUGCUUUACGCGCUUUGCAAGAAUAAUGAUUUUGUGGGUGGACUUGAGAUUUUCGAAGAUUGCGUGAAGCAGAGAAGGGUUCCGGACCUUGGUUCUGUGAUGAUGCUGGUGAAGGGGUUGAUGAAGGCUUCCAAGAUCAGGGCGGCAAAGAGGGUGGUUACUGGUCUGAGAAAGAAGUUCCCUGAAGAUUUUAGUGGUAGUUGGAAGAAGCUGGAGAAUGUAGUUGGCUUGAGCAAUGAUGAAAAGGUACCUGAGGUUGAAAGCUAGCUUGUAUGAUUGGGAAUGCUUCAAUGUUUUUCUGCUCGUGCUUUUUGCAGUGUCAUUUUAUAUAGCAAUUUUACUUCCACGGUUGAUGGAUAAAUCUGUCUAGUUGUUGAUUGGCGGAAUAGCGAUUGUUCUAAUUUUCCUUUACAUGAGAUGCAUCAAAAUAAUUUUAUCCCUAGGUUUGGAUUCA